CGAAGAAUUAGUUGCAAAGCGGCUUUCUUGCGGGGAACGUCGAGCGAUUCGAGGGACGGAAAACCGAAACGAACCGAAGAAGAUUGCCACGCGAAAAGAAAAAUUGGUGCUAAGACCCCCGCUAAAAAAAAACAAAUAACAGCGCCAUCAAAACCGCAAAAGAAAAGUGCACAAAACCGACGCAUAAAAAGAUACAAAGUUCCUAUUUAAGUGCCGGCCACUUAACACCGUCGAAUUAAAGCGAUCAAAUCAAGCGGAUCCAAGAUGCUCACCAGACAGCCCGACUACACCAUCUCCGAACUGGGCCAUCCCAUCCACCAGUGGUCGGAUUCGACCACGUGCGAGUCCCUCAAGAAGCUGGACUACAGAAAGAUGCCCAGUUCCCCGCCAUCACCUCAUCGUCUGCUCCCGCUGAGGGAAACCCUGGACGAUUGUUUCAAGCGGUUGACGAUGAGGAGCCGAGAAGAUUUCGAAGAGGAUCCCGUGUACCAGCAGAAACUGCGGAAGAAUCAGUGGAAUGAACAGCAGCGAAAGCGCAGCAAUCAAAAAUGUCGAGAUAAAGACGAGUCCAGAGCCACAACGACGACGACGACGAUAGCGGCGACCUGCGAUUUAAACAAUUUCUGAGAUUAGAAGGAGGAGGAAGAAUAUCUAUGGGGGAAGCAACCUAAGCGGACUGACUAAAAGUGCUAAAAUAAAACACCUUUUGCCUAGAUCAUUAAGUACAUUAAAUGUUAAGUAAAGGAAAAGCUAUAACACUUAA